ACGAUGGGAAUGAGGUGAAGGUGUUCUGGUGCCAGCUGGUCCAUGUAAACAAACAGACGUCGCCUCGCACUACCGCUGACAUGCAGAAGUAUGAGAAGCUGGAGAAGAUUGGCGAAGGUACAUACGGUACUGUGUUCAAGGCCAAGAACAGAGAAACGCAAGAAAUUGUUGCUCUCAAGAGGGUUCGUUUAGACGAUGAUGAUGAAGGUGUGCCUUCAUCUGCUCUCCGUGAGAUCUGUCUACUGAAGGAGCUGAAACAUAAAAACAUUGUGCGGCUGCAUGACGUGCUACACUCUGAUAAGAAGCUUACAUUGGUGUUUGAGCACUGUGAUCAAGAUCUAAAAAAAUACUUUGAUAGUCUCAAUGGCGAGAUUGAUCCUGACAUUGUAAAGUCUUUCCUGUUCCAGCUUUUGAGGGGGUUGGAAUUUUGCCACAGCAGAAAUGUGCUUCAUCGGGACCUUAAACCACAAAAUCUUCUCAUAAAUAAGAAUGGCGAACUGAAACUGGCUGAUUUUGGCUUGGCCCGAGCAUUUGGCAUUCCAGUUAGAUGCUAUUCAGCAGAGGUGGUGACCUUGUGGUACCGGCCUCCAGAUGUUCUCUUUGGCGCAAAGCUGUACAAUACCUCAAUUGAUAUGUGGUCGGCUGGCUGCAUAUUUGCUGAACUUGCAAAUGCUGGUCGGCCACUUUUUCCAGGAAGUGAUGUAGAUGACCAGGUAAAGCGUAUAUUUAAACUAUUGGGCACACCUACAGAGGAGACGUGGCCAGGAAUGAACUCGCUUCCCGAUUACAAAACAUUUCCUCUCUACCAACCCACCAUGACCCUUGCUCAAGUUUGUCCUAAACUCAGCAGUAAAGGAAGAGAUUUAUUACAGCGACUGCUAAUAUGCAACCCUGCUGUGAGAAUGAGUGCGGAAGACGCCAUGACACACGCAUACUUUGCUGAUCUCUCUCCGUCCAUCCGCAAUGUUUAGGUGAUCGUCAGUUUCGUCAAUUAGAAUGUUGACCAAACUUCUUUAUUACAGUAUUUGUGUCAACGCAUAAGACAGUAUGUAUUGAUACUAUGUGAAGAAAAAUAGAUAUCUAGAUUUUCCACUUGUAAUCCAUAUGAAAUUGCAUUUUCUACCCUCUUGUGUUUUAUUAUUUGUUGAGAGUAAAGUUUGAUGCAACCCAUCCUCCAAACUUGAUAGUACAUUACCUAUAGUUACUAUUAAGGGAAUGUACAAAAUAUGAGCUGGUGUUUUCCAGCUGUUAGUUUUGUACUAUUGGAAUACUACCACUUGGAAUUUUUUAGGUAUGGUGAUUGCCUUCCUUCUUGGGCCCCUCUACAAAAUUUAUAGUACAAAAUGUGAUCUCUUUUUUUUGGGUGCAACAGUCCAUGUUUUGUACUUCCAUCUAUAGUAAUAAUAGGUACUUAAAUAUUUGUAUAACAGGUUGGUUUGAUGCGGAGACUAACCUGAUUUAUGUGAAUUAACCCUUGUAAAAGUUCAGGUAAGAAUAUUCAUAAGACUGGUAAUUUGUGCAAUUAUUUCGGGCCUCGGCAUAAAUUGCUAUGCUAAUUCCACUGGUGAGACGUUCUAUGUGAAUAUUCCAUCUUUCACAAUUUGCUUCAUGAUGCCCACUAUGAUUUGUCAAGAUUUUAAUAUUUGCCUUGGUAUCAGUUCUCAUUCCAAUGCAGUCAAAGUUACAUGCUUAUUUGAAAUGCAGUGACAGAAAUAGUGUACAGUGGACUGUUAUUGUCAUAGAGGGUUUAGAGGUAAUAUUUUGCAAUAUUAUAUGGUUGCUGAAAGUUAUUGCAUUCUCACUAAUGAGUGAGGAAUAGUUACUGUUUAAUUAUUGCCAGUGGACAAGAAAUUGUAUUGCAAAGGUGUCCAAGAAAACAGUACAGUAGUUGUAUCUGUAGUAUUGAUCAGAAAGUAGAGACAGUAUACCAUUAUUGUUAUUAAAAUAGACAAGGUGGUUGGUAUGUCAUCAUUUAUCACCAGAAUUCAAAUGUUAGUCUCUAUAUUUGAUAAGAUAUUUACAAAUAAGACAUUAUACAAAAGUAAGGAUAAUUUUUAUGCUCUAAAUUCCUGUGCACAUAUAGAGAUAACACCCACCCACCGUGAGUCCUCAUUGCAUUACAAAAAACUACUUGUAAAACAUUUGCCUGAUGUACUGGCUAAAUGUCUUUACUUUUUGGAAUAUUGUAUUGUAAAAGAUGCAUUAGGUAAACACUAUAUUGACACAGGAUUUAGAACCAUAAAAAAUAAAUGUGAUAAGUUACAUCCUGAAAACAGAUGUUGGAUAAAUAAGAUGAUGGAUGUGACAGAUUUUUAGUUGGUCAUUGCCCAUUUACACAGUUGUCAUGGCAUGUGGUUGGUUGGGGAAUAUGUUCUAAGCAUAUAAAUUUACAUAAGCACCAGCAAAAAACAAAUCUAUAAUAUAUACAAAGUUAUGUUUUAUGAACUACUUUAAAUCAUGUUGCAGUUUGUCCAGGCAUGUAAAAUUCAUGUGACCAGUGCAGCUGUUGGUCAUAAAAUAUAUCUUACUCUUCUA